AUGGCACCAUACACUCCAUUACCUUCAUCGGGCUCGCCGCAGCGCCGUUCAGUGUCCUUUGGCGGCAUCCUCGGUGGCCACUCCCGCAGCCGCAGCCAAGCCCCUGACCCUGAAGAGAUGAACCGCGCAUUUGACGGCCCGGAUCACGACGACGACGAUGAAGACGCUCACGAGGAACAUCAUCUUCUAGGCAACACGUCGCAUACUCAGUCAAGUCAGCGAGAGGGCGGCAUGCCCGGUGACUAUGACUUUGACCGUGACUAUUUCCUUCCACCGCCUGGUUCACCACCACCGUUCGAGCCGUACUCUGCAUCGCACCCCGCAGAAGGCAACAGCAAUGGCAUUCUCCCCACCGGCCACGUCGCACGACCCAAGCCGCGUCGACACUUUCUCGGCGGUAUCCUUCCCCUGUCCUUCCUGCCAAGCCAAAGGGCAGCGCCCCACGACCACGUCGGCGGUGGGCAGAGUGGGGUGUUCGCCAACAUGUCGGCUCGCCCUGACAACUCGGCGCCUUCGGACGAGCCUCGCGAGGACGGACCCGAAUGGGCCAACGAGGACGAGCGCAAGGACGCCCCGCCAUCGUACCAGUCGGCUCUCCGUGACGCCGUGCCUCCGUACUGGGACACCACCGUCGUGCUUCCCUCGUCAUCGUCGCCGUUUGGUCCCCUCUCGAGCUCCAUCAACGGCGAUGAGAUCCUCAUCGACGGCAUGGGCGCUGGCAACUUUUUCGGCUUUUUCUGGAACCUCGUCGUGUCGGUGUCGUUCCAGUUUGUCGGCUUCCUCCUCACCUACGUCCUCCACACCACCCAUGCCGCCAAGUUUGGCUCUCGCGCUGGCCUGGGCAUCACCCUCAUCCAGGUCGGCUUCAGCAUUCGCAAGAAGGCCGAGGAGAUGCUCAAAAAGGGCGUGGACAGCGACUACAACGUGGUGGAUCCGGCCACUGGCAAGUCGCAAGCCGACAUUGAUGCCGAGGACACGUUGGUGUCCUGGGGUACCAAGAUGCAGUGGCCUCAGCCAUGGCAGCCGCCCCUCGAAUGGGGAGGCCACGGCGAGACCUAUGUCCUCCACUCGGUCGAGGAGGCCGAGGCGGCUGUGCACAAGUACAACCACACGCUGAAGGACAUUAUCGGCCUGCCGUCCGAUGCCGAGGUUGGCCGCGCCAACGAGUGGUUUGCAUUCAUGCUCAUGACCAUUGGCUGGUUCCUCGUGCUCGCGUCCGUCGGCGGCUGGUGGCGCGUCAAGCGCUUUGAGCACAAGCUCAAGCAAGCCCAGCAAGAGUCGGAGCGCGCGCAGCGCGCUGCCCGUGGAGACUCGCUUGACGGCCUGCACCCCGACGAGGGCGACGACCCGACCCCGACCCGCACCGAGCCCGGCCCCAACGAGCUGUCCUACUACACCUCGGCGUUUACGCAGGCCUUCAACGGUGUGCGUGAGCUCCAGCGUGGCUUCUUUGGCAUGCGCGGUCGGCCCGCCAACGACAACAACAUUUCCCGUGGCGACACGGUCUUUGACGGCGACGACGAGGCCGAGCACGAGCUCCUCGAAGCCCAGGGCUACGGCCUCGAGCCCAUGGCCCGCGAUUCAUCAGCAGCAGAGGCGGCCGAUUCCCCUAGACGCACGCGAGGACUGUGGCAGUGA